UGAAGGAACUCUCAUUGAAGAGUCCGCGCCGUAAUCUCGUCCCCAAUCAUAAUGGUAUCCUGGGAAAGAGUUCUGCAGGUUGGCCUCCUAUUGGUCAGCUGUGCUACUUGCUUGGCGGGAAAGUCUUCAGCGGCGAAUGCAACAUUCACCAAAGCUGCCAUGGAAUAUGGUACCCGGAUGUUCACCUGGAUGAUCGAACAGAAAAUGAAGAAUUUCCACAUCCCUGCCUCCAAGGGAGAAACAGAGACCCUUUUCGGUGCCAUGGAGUACUACAUCGAGAAUAUGUACCUAUCGGAGUUCCGGAUAGGACACACCAGCAUGGACGCUGAGCCUGAUGCCGGGCUCAGAAUGAUCACCUCCGCGGAGUCCAGCGAAAUCAACGGAGACUGGGGAUACAGGAUGACCAGCGGGUUUUUUCUGAUGAGUGACGUAGGGCGGUUCAAGGUCAGCGUUUCUUCAGCGUACAUCGAUGUCGUCAUCUCUAUGGAUGAAGACGCUGCAGAAAAGCCGACAGUGUCCGUACAGAGCUGUGAUGCAGGGGUGGGGGGUAUGGAGCUGGUCUUUCACGGAGGCGCCAGCUGGCUGUACAACGUCAUCUCACCGAUCAUAGUGGAGGUACUCAAGGCACAACUGGGCGAAAUGAUGUGUGAGUCGGUGGACAGGACGCUGGGCGUAUGGAUGGGGAAAACUCCCGCUGCAUGCUGA